UGGGAGCCGCUCUAGUGGGCGGAGCUUGGAGAGGGCAGAGACUUGGUGUAGUUCAUGUAGCUGGGGCAACCAUGGGCCUGAUGGCAGUUGUCUGCGUUGUGUGGGCUGAUGUUGAAGGAGCCCCUACUGAUGGCAAAAACCAACUAGUUGGUGACAUGCUAUGCCUUGCUGGCUCUCUACUCUAUGCCAUGGUCACAGUACUCCAAGAAAUGAUGCUCACAACACUAUCAUGUUCUGACUACCUAGCAUUCCUUGGCCUGAUCGGUAGUGUGGUAUCAUGUACCCAAACAUUCUUCCUAGAAUUCACAGAGUUAAUCGCAUUUAACUGGUAUGAUUUGGACACGAUAAUCCAGUUGGGUAGCUACUGCUCGGUACAGACAAUAUUCCAGAUCUUACAGUGUUUUAUGUUGAGAGACGCUGGGUCAAUAAUAUUGCAUUUAUCUUUUCUGUCGGCUGAUUACUAUACUCUGAUUGCUGGGAUGUAUAUCUUUCAGUUUAAGUUCCACGCGCUAUAUUUCCUAUCGUACAUGCUGGCGAUGGUGGGAGUGUUCUUGUUCAGCGCUCGACCGACGCGACAGCCGCCGCCGCAGCCCGACAGACUGCCGCAGCUGGUCAAUGACUCUGUGCAGUCGCAGGAUAAUGUUUCUAUGGAAUACACAGUACCAACACUAGACUGCAUACCUAUAGAAGGGUUGGAACCUCCGAUGAGUAGAGACACAACGUUCACCUCGUUCCUCGGAGGCCCGCAGGCUGUUCCCAACGGCACCGUCUCCUUUGCACAGAGUAAUGGCGCGCAAACUAAAGAGGCCUGUUAAUGUAAGUGUUUAUGGUAAGGACCUUAGAAUAAAACGCUGGAGAUCAAACCAUUUAUAAUUAAGAUGACACUUUUCUACCCUUAAAGAAGUUGAUAAUUGCAAUUAUUCAAUAAGUCAAUCUAACAUUUCUAUUUGCUAUAAUAAAGUGGUCCAGUUGUCUUAAAAAUUUAUACACACCAAAUAUUUGAUCAUAUAAAGUUUUGUGAAAGUUUAUACCAUUCGAGCUUAUGUCAGUCAUGAAAAGAUAUACACAUUUUCUACUAAAACAUUUAGAAAAAUAAGUCUUUUAUGUCAGUGUAAGUAACUGGCAAGACUAACAUCGAACGCUCAUCUCCAGCUAUAUUCUAAGUUAGGAAUAUAAUGAAUAAUACUUACGAAAUUAUAUAAGAAGCAGAUUUGUACCUUUCACUGUAUAGUUAAGGUACAUGAGUAAAUGCUAUUCAAAUUUCGACCUUAUUACUAAGGGCAUAAGGUUGAUAGACAUCGACUGUAGUUUAUUUAUUGUAUAACUUUGAUUAACAUUCCGCAUUCGUAUUAUUAAUACUCGAAGUAUUAGAAUAAUCGUUUUAUAAGGUCUAAAUCGUCCUAAGAAACCCAUUUUCUAAUUAUUAUGGCUAGUCAUUUCCAAUGUAAUUGUAAGACAGACCGCCUUUUUGUAUUUUGUCAUUCUAAGAAUGUAAGUUUUAUUUAUUUAGCAGCAGUGAUAUAAAUACAUAAUUUGUUCCUAACAUGAGAUGCCAUUGUAUCUCAAUUCUAUUUUAUAGCUGCAAUAACACCACCUAGAACGCACAAUAUAUUAGCUAUAUGCUAUCAUACCAAACUUUCAUAAUGGGGGCUACCAUUUUUUGUUUCACCAGAUGGCGCAACUGUAGCGUGAGGUCCUAAACUACGGCAAUCAAAGUUCGUAUUAUGAGCGCCAAAACUUAUAUGUACAUUAGAUGAUUAUAUUAAAUCAUAUUUAAUACAAUAAAACUAUAGUGUGAAUGUAUUGGCGAUGCCACAGUGUUGCGCAGUGCCGUUUUGCCCGAAAAAGAAAGGCGGACAUAAGUUUCCGAAAGAUAAAAGUGUGUCAAAGCAGUGACAUUUAUAGAUCCGUAAUCUGUAUUUGCCAUAAUUAAUCUACAGUAUUGUUAAAUAUUCGCAAUAUUAAUUUAAUUAGAAAUAUAAACCCGCGCGCGUAAAAAAACAGUGGCAUUUGACGUUUCGAAGACCUCACGCUAAACAAGUGCCUCUAGCGGCGAUUUCAUACGCGGUAGCCCUCAUUACUAAGUAACCAUGUCCUGUUUAUCAGCACAAAUCUGCUUGAAAUCAGAAAUUUUAUACUCCUUUUUAAGCCUGUAUUAAAGAAAAUUUACUUAGGCAUACUAUGAAGCUAAUGCGUAAGAAUUAAAUUUUAAGUAUUAACAUUGGACUGGAAGAUUAUAGUGUAUCUAAAUACCUAAACAUGUAAUCAUUUCAAUAUAAUGUUUAAUCUCACCAAAUAUUAGGUAUAGUAACACUGACUACCUAGAAUACUAGUCAUAAAUAGUUUAGUAUAAAUAUAUUAGCGCACAUUAACGUUACAUAGUUCUAGACAUUUAUAUUUAAAUGCUCCAUUUUAUUAUACCUAGCAAUAACUGAGUAAUCUCGAUAUAAAGAAAACGAAAACUGCCACAUAUUCGAAUUUUGACUCAAUUUUUAUUCUCAAAUAUUAAAAUAGAAAUCUUUAUAUAACAUUUUGAAAUCUAGUUUCUAUGAAUUGUGAGAAAUUGUACCUAUCGAGAUUUUGUAAGAUUUAGAACGUUUAAACUUAGCGAAGGCUGACUGCAGGAUUUUGAUAUUUCACCGAAGUCCAACACUACUUUUGUUUUGUAUCAGAAUAUGAUUCUUGAACUUUAUUGCUUAUUAAUAUUAUACUGGAGCAAUUUAUUACAGUAAUGCAUUUUCUCAACUUUUAUUGUUACACGAAUUCCGUUCCGAUAUUAUGUACUUUAGCAAAAUAUAUCUACUUGUUGAUAUUAUUUUAAAUGAAAUUCUAGCGAAGUUAUUAUGACGCUCAAUUAUUAAAAGUAAGUAUUAAGAUUUUAAUAGUGAACAUUUUAGUCCAUUAGAUAAAUCUAUCAGUAAAUUGGGAUUGUAACUUUGGAAUUGAGUAAUACUUUUCAGUGUGUAUUUGUUAACUGAAAAGGUUGAAGAAAAUACCAAUAAUAACUUUGAAAAAUAUGAUCAAGUGCAUCAGUAUUAAAUAACAGCUUUAGAAGAUAAACGUUAAGAGCGAAGUUCGUUCAACCUUUUCAAUAUCCUCUACACAACUUGUAUUGUACACAUAGGUACUUAUUUUAUUAUUGUUUUAGAGUUUCUAACAAAUGAAGUUAUUUCCCCAAUAUGAUGGUUGUGUUAUGUUAAUUGUAAAAUACUUAAGCUAUUUAUUAAAUUGUUGCAUGUUAUUUAAACGCUAAACACAAUAAAAUGAUGUAUUAAAUAUUGAUUUUCUUGAAAUUAAAAUGCGAAUAAUUGAAAUUGUACUCUAAAUUGGGACUUAAAUAUACAAUGUUUUCAUGAA